AAAGAGGACUACGAAGGGGCUGGUUUGCGAGUUACUCGGUUAGUGGGCACUUUUUUCUCCUUCUCCGCCCAUAAUCCCCCAUUAUCUACCAAAACACCAACACAAACAUCCACCCGUAGCCUCCCAACCUUUUUCUCUCUUCUUCAAAGCCCUCUUUUCCGAUCGCACUCAACACCAAUUCGUCAGCCUCGAUUUUCUUUCACUUUUUCAAUCAUGGAUGAUACCGCCAAAAACAAUAGUGAUGCUUGGAAUUGGGAAGGUGAUGGGUAUACUAUUCAGAAGGAUACUGAUAUAGAAAUAUCAGAAUGCCUGUGGGACGGGGUCUCGGAAAAUGGUGAUCUUUCGUAUGUGUUUGAUGAAACAACUCCAGUUAAAGCUUGUGGAGACUUGGCAUAUCAUGUUACGUGUAGUGAUGAUAGGAACAAGAAAUCAGAAGAAUCCAGGGAAACUCAUUCACAAGCAAAGAGACGGCGGAUGUUGCAGUUUACUGCUCAAGAUUUGGAAACUUCACUCUGCCGUGAAGAUUUGUCUUCUAGAUUUCUAAAAUCACAUAAUAAGGAUGUUUCCAGUCUAGCAGCUCUCGCUGAAGUUUCAUAUGGGAUUCCUGAGUGUUCUGGACUGGCAGAUAAUGUGCUCAUUUCUUGUCAUGAGAAUUUGGAUCACUCACCUGAAGGUUGGAUUGCUGAAUGCCUUAAUGAUGCUGAUAUGCAUUGUAGCCCUGAGGAUUUGGGCUUUGCUGGGACUUCGGACAUUCAAAUUGAUGUAUCAGAGUUUUGUGAUGGUGCACCUGAGUUCAAAUCCAAUGUGGUCCAUCAUCAUCCUACUCGAGCUCCUCCAAACAUAAUUUUUAAAGGUCGGAAGUCAUAUAUUAGAACUCCCACUAAAUUGGCUUCUUCAGUUGCCUACCCAUUUGCCUUUAUCAAGCCCUGUGGAUUCCAUGGAGAUGUGACCUUGAAGGACAUAAACCAACGAAUCCGUACACCUCCACCAUCAAAAUUGAAGCAUCAACCUGAAGAUCCAUCUCAAUCUUACCCAACUUCAGCUUUCUCUGGAAAGCCCGUAGUAGGUAAAACCAAGAUUCACACGGAAGGAGGAAAGGGAAGCAUCACAAUCAUGAGGACCAGAGGUUAAACGAUCGAUGGAUAACGGUUCCCGCUAUCCAGACUUUCCUUUUUGUGGCCCAUUGGUUCUUCCAUCCUUGAGGGAUUGUGAAACGUCAGGGGCCAUCUUAAGUAAGUAGAGUACAGAAGGUGAUUAAUUUCCAUUUUUGGUGGGGAUAGAUAGAGAGAGAGAGAGAGAGAGAAAGUUGUAGAAGUAUUAGAGUUGCUCUUGGAAUCCCUAAUCAUAUAACUUCAUUAAUAUGUUUAUGCUUCCAAGUGAACUCUUGUAGGUUGUUUGAGUUUGAGUUCGAUAACAUUUAUAUUGUCAUUUUUAGACUUGGAAACACUUAUCAUUAUGUUUAUUACCAAAUCAAUCCAUUGUGUAUACCUAGUGGAACUUGCUGGAAAGCUUACAAAA